AUGAGUAAUAAUAGUAAUGCAUUAAAUAGAUUAAAAGCAAUCGCUCAACAACAAGCCAAUAAAUCAUCACAUUUAUAUGGUGACUCUAUCGUCAAAAGAGAGUCUCUUCAAUCAAAUGACUCUAAAUUAAUAACACAAUCAUUAAACAAAUUAAUCGAUUGGAUUAAUAAUAAUAGUAAUACAAAGAGCGCAUUAAAAGAUUUAGAUUCAAGAGGUAUUUAUCCAUCUAUGUUUCAAUUAUUUAAUCAUUAUGAUUUGGAGAUUGUUAGAUUGGUGGUGAGAGCAAUCAAGAUUGUAGCGUUAAAGGAUGCUGCAACCAAUGAGAUUCUCAGAUCGUUGGACGGUGUACAUUUGUUGGAACAGUUGUUGGAGCAGUAUUACGAUGCCGAGAUUCUCAACGAUGCAGCUACUGCCAUUGAGUGUCUGCGUAGAUGUGCACCAUACUCGGUGAGAGGUGUCGGAUUUGGAAAGUACUCUGAACAAACUGGAACCUUUCAAUGGUACUUGGAAUUCUAUCAAUUACACUUUGACGAUGUAGGUGUCGCCUGGAGAGUAUGGGAUGGGGGUAUUGGAUUGGCCAAGUGGGUGUUGGACAACCCAUCGAUCUUUGAAGGCAAGGAUGUAUUGGAACUUGGUAGUGGUGUUGGUGUAUGUGGUAUUGCAGCCGGUCUCAUUAGCAAGAAUGUAUUGGUCACCGAUUACACUGACAAAAUCAUUCAAGCACUCCAAGACAAUGUAAAGAGAAACAUGAGAUUGACAUCUCAACUCAAGAAUGUAACUGUACAAGCUUUGGAUUGGGUCAACGAUGAUGUACCCUCUCCAUUUGGCUAUGAAGUCAUUAUUGGCAGUGAAGUCAUAUACGAUGUUAAAUUGGUCGAAGCGCUAGCCAAUGUUAUCUACCUAUCACUCACUCCCAAUGGAACAUUCUACACUACUUGCGCCACUGUCAGAGAAGGUAUUCCAGAGUUUAUCAAAGCCAUGCAAGACAGAGAUUUUAACGUAGAACAAACAAAUUUCCCAAGUCAUUAUAUCCCCGAUACAAAAUUUGAUGUUUAUUUCUUUAAAUGUACUAAAAAGAAUACUCUACUUAAACUUCAACAACAAAAAGAAUAA